GUUCGGAAUAACGGUGGAAAACAUAGGGAAAAACCACAAGUGGUGGCUGGAUACCGUUACCAAGGACUAUGGACCUUUUCCAUUGCAAGAAAUGGCGCUAAUUGAGUUGUUGUUGUUGUUACUACCAAUGAUGGCGUGCAAGGGCGAAGCAACAACCACAGCAAGCGGAAUCGCCUGAAGCAGCGACAUAAACGCACGCACACCACCAGAGCGACAUUUGGCCCACACAAACGCACACAACUACAGAGAGGCUUAGAAAGAGACGGGCAAUAUGGAGGACCUCUUUUUGCUCAUUAUCAAGGAGUCAACGGGCACUAAACACAAUGCGCUGCGGCAAACGGCGCAAAUCGCUUACGAUAAGCUGUACCGCCAGCAUGGAAUCCACCGAGAUCCGUCGCACGAGCUGCGCUCCGUUUGCUUUACCGCUCUGCAGAUGGCGCUGGACACAAAGCGACCCAAGUUCAUCACGAUGGGACUCAACGGCCUCCAUCGCGUCAUCAAGGACGAACGAUUCUACAUCGGCCUCGAGCCGGAGGACGACUCUGUGUGGCUGCCAUCACAGCUCCUGAGAGCCACCAACGGCAUCCUGCCUACGACAAGCAGCGAGGACACGGUGGUCAACGUGCUCCGACUCUUCUUGGCGAUGGCCUGCUCGCCCGCAUGCACCCUGAACGGCCGCCUCCUCAUUGAGAUCCUGUCCAGGUGCGGCGAGUGCUGGGAGAUGGGCUCGCGGGCCACCAAGGCUGCCUCAUUGGCCGCCGCCUCCCAGUGCCUGCGUACAUUUUGCGCCUUUCUCAUCGAGGAGGCCGAAGAGGUCAAGAAAACGGCGCCUGCCGGCCUGAUGACGCAGACGCAGGCCUCCGCCGUCUACAACGAGGUCAUCCCGGUGAUGCAGUGGCUCUGCAGCCGGCUGGUGGAGCCCAACGUGAAUGCUUCGCCGAACAAGAAGUGCGAGAACCACAGCUCGCUGUACCUCACCGAAUGCAUCCUCACGCUGAGUUCCGCUUUGCCCCGGAAUGUACAUGCCAAUCCGCACUUCACCUCGUUUCUCUGGCAGAAGUUCUGCCCGACUUUGGCGGCGGCACUGGGAUCCCCAGGAAGAAUAAAUCUGGACAAGAAGUUUACUUACAAGGAUGCGCUACACAUGAUUGAGAACGAGGCUCGUGGCUUCUUCACUGGCCCAGGUUUGGAUGGUCCGCAAGCACGCUGCGUCUAUUUGACCGCCAUACAGUUACUCCGGAUUGCCGGAGCCCACGGAUCACUGCGGCCCAUGCUGGAGGCCCUUUUCCAUCGAAUGCUUCUACUGCCGGCUCCCCAAAAUCGCACAGAGCCACUUCGAUGCGUUAGAGAGAUCUUCAAGAGCCCGGAGCGUCUGAUCGACCUGGCGGUGAUUCUUUAUGUCGACAAGAACACCGCUCAAGGAUGCAGCGAUGAAAUGGCGUUAUUCCGACUUUUGGUGGACGCCAUGGAAGAGUGCGCCUAUGGUGCCAGCGGCGGGGGUUCCGCCACGGAGGCCAGUCUGCAGGCCAGCGUGGAGUGCAUGGUGGCCCUGUUGGACAGCUUGCAAGUUCUUUGCAGCGGAGAGCUCACCGAGUCCAUGAUCAGCGACCAGAUCGUCCAGGUGGUCAACGGGCGGCACGACCUGCUUAAGGAUGCGGACUACUCCGGUCCACUCACCUAUCAGAGUAUGGCCCGCCUUCCAGCUCCGUAUCGAGAUGCCAUAGUUGAGUUCCGGCAGACCGUUUUCGAAACUUCAUCGGGAUCGGAGAGCGAGGGUGAGCCGCAGCACGAGCAGGAUGCUGCCUCCAAUGGUUCCGGGGACACAGAAGGACCCGAGGACGACGACCCAAGCAGCUCCAGCGAUGAAACGUCUCGUGUGGAGAACCGCUGGCCAUACUCGCAUCUGGAGGCGCCCGUGAUGCCCAUACGAACCGAUAGCGAUAAUGAUCGGCAGCACGCUCGCGAUUUCGCUCGGGCCUUGAGACAGGAUCUGGUCCCGAAACUUUUACGACUGCGCAGCUGCGUGGAGCUGGACGAGGCGAUGCAGGAGUUCGCAUCCGCCGUUUGCCAGGAGAACAGCAUGAACUUCUCGGACUUUGACUACAACCUGACCGCCAUCAAUGCGGACGGGAUCUACCUGGCCAUCUACUCCUCGCUGCUGCUCAGCCUGCAGCUAAUGCGGGCCGGCUUCUAUGAGCAGGUGGCCCAGGGCAUGUCCCACAAGGAUAUCCUGGUGCCCAUGUCGGAGCAGCAAUUUGUGACUUCGGUCCAGAACACGGGUGUUCUUGUCUAUCUCUCCUCGCCGUGGUUGUGCGAGCUCUAUCAAUCGGUGACCGUUUGCAAUGUACUGGAGGCCAUGCCACGCCAGCAAUUGGAAGGCAUGGGACCGCGCUGCGCCCUCGUCGACAUGCUGUGCGAUGCCGGUGGACUGGGUGCCACCCAGAUGCUGUCGGAGUGGCAGCGCCUGCAGACGGCCAAUGUGAAGCACAAGGAGGAGGAGCAGCUGCACGAUAAGCGCCGAGAGGCAGCCAAGAAGCUAUGCCGCCGUCUGCUCACCUGCUGCUGGGACUCGAUGGUCAUCGUGCUGAGCUCCGGCUUAGGCGAUCUGCAGACCAGCUCCGCCUCCAACAAACUCGUGGCCCUAUCUAAGCGAACACUUAGGGUGAAGGCCAAGGCGAAUAAAUCAAAUGGAGAGGCCCUGUAUGCUAUGUGUUUGGAUGGUUUGCAUUCGGCCGCCACGCUCAGCAACAGUUUGAAUCUGCAGCAUUUGGCUGGAAAGAUACUCAACCUGCUGGCCUCAAACGUCUGCCAGACCUCCGGACCGCGAAUCUCCGCCAGCCAGGCCAUGUCCAUGGACGUGGUGCUCACCGGUGGUCUGAAUUUGGGCAGCUACAGUGCAGAUUGUUGGCCAAGCAUUUUCGCCGUUUGCCGUCAUGUCAGCCAGUUGGAGCAUGAAAUCUUCAGCAUGCAAAAUCCGGCUAUUUCCGCAUCACCGGGCAGCAGUCGGCGCGACUUGGAGACGGGGGAAAAGCUAAGCAACGGCAAUGCCCAGGAUAAGCUCAAUCUGUCCUCGAUUCCCAUCGAUGAUGAUGAGACCUGUGUGGACGUGUACAGCUUCCUGCAGGCACCGAUGCAGAGUCCCAACACGAACAUCACAUCCAUCUUAAAGGUCUACUCCGGAACGAAUGAGACGGUGCUGCUGAGUCAGAGCGACACCUCCAAGGUACUCUGCGCCCUGUCCCAUCAGGCGGAAAAUCUGUUCGGAGACGCCGCCGAAAGACUUAGUUUGCCCUCGCUGUGUCAGUUCCUCAAACAUUUGUGCCGCGCCUCCAGGGAUCAGCUGUACAAGAGCCAGGUGGCGCGCAAGGGCAGUCGCAUCUGGUGGCCCAGCAAGGGCUGGAAGAAGCUAGACUCGUUGCCCAUGUCGCUGCUCCUUCACCGUAUUGGAGAUGUCACGCUGAAGGUGUUCCGCAGCUCCCGCCCGCUGCUGCACGUGCUCAAAGUUUGGGCCAUCACAGGACCGCAUCUGAUGGAUGCUGCCUGCCACCGGGAUCGGAUGAUUUCGAAGCGGGCAAUUGAGUAUAUCCACGACAUCAUCACUGCGCUUCUUGUGGAGCAGUCAGAGCUGCCGUACUUCCACUUCAACGAGGCACUGCUGAAGCCCUUCGAGAAUCUUCUGAGCAUGGAUACGGAUGUGGAUGUGCAGGAUCAGAUUGUGGCCUGUCUAUACGAGGUGGUGGAGGCGCACCGCACAGAGAUCCGAUCCGGAUGGCGACCACUGUUCGGUACGCUUCGGAAUGCUCGAAGCCGGAUGCUGAACAUGAGCAACAUCAUCGAUAUCUUCCGAGUGUUCCUCGACUCGGACAACACGCUGGUGUUUGCCAACGCCGGAUUGGACUGCAUCCUGUGCUUGCUGUCCUAUCUGGAGAUUUCCGGAGGAGGGAAUAACAAUGCCUGUUCCGGUGGGAGUGGAAGUGCAGCGGGAGGAACUGCAUCGAAUGGUGGCCAGCAGGAGGAGGAUAACACCUUCCGGCCCACGGACUUUCUCCACGAGACUCUUCGCUUCCUUGAGCGUUGCUCCAGCAUCCUUGGUUUCAUGCACAGUAUGCCCAAGUGUCCCAACUUCCACUCGACGUACAAGAUCAAGGGCAUCUCCUACACGCACAUCAUCGACGCGAAUAUUCCCAGUUCGAUGGAGAACUUUACAUACUUCGGGAACGAUUAUCUACAGACGCGGAAUGAGCAGUACAUGAUAUCCUACAGAUCUCUGCACAUCGAUAAGGACACCAUUGUCAAGAUUGAUGAGAUGGACAAGCCGUCGGGUGUGCUCAAAGUUUGGUUUCUGCUGCUCGAUGGGCUCACAAACUCGCUGAUCGUCUGUCCCUACUCCCACCAGGCGCCAAUCCUGCAAACGAUCUUCAAGCUAUUCAAGAACCUGCUGGCCAGUCCGGGCAUCGAUUUCGGUUUCUACUGCAUCAACCACCUGCUGGUGCCAAUGAUUCAGGAUUGGCUAAGGUACAUCAACAAAACGGGCUCCUCCUGGCAGCUUGUAGAGAAGAACUUUAAACACUGCUGCUGCAUGACCACUGACCUGGUAGUAGAGUUCAUAGAGAAAUCGGUGCCGGAGCAACGGCGUCUAGGAGCGGGUACCAAGACGCGAUUGGCGCAGAUAGUUCAUCCGGCAGACAAUCUUCUGUACUCCAAGCUGAAGUUCGUGACGGAAAGAAUAGAAAGAGAGCAGCAGCAGCAGCAAUCGCCCUCUGUGCAGGAUCACGGUUGUGGCUACACUCAGCAGUACGACAGCAGCUCCAGCUCCGCUAGCGAGGAGCAGCAGAAAAACGGAGGAGGUGUCGGAGGAGGCGGAUCGAACCUAAUAGAAUCGCCCACCAAGAUCUCGGGUUCGGCCACGCUGGCCUUGAAGCAAUUGCUGCUGGUCCUAAUCGAGUGUGCUGCUCAGUCGCAGGAGGCGAUCGCUAGGAUAUCGGUUUCCUGCUUAAAGCAUGUGAUCCUCUCCACCGGCAUGCUCUUCAAUGAAUCCCAGUGGAUGAUCGCCUGCUCUGCAAUCCAUCGCGCAUGCACCGUGACAAUUGCUCCGCUGCGUCAGCUCUCGUUCGCUUUCCACGAGAAGUCGAAUAGUUUCUACGGGGACUGCGCUAACGUGAAGGUGGCUGCUCGACGUGAUAGCAGCCUGGAGGAGCUGGCCAGGAUAUAUGCGUUGGCGCAGCAGGUCUUCCUGUCCGACAAUCAGCGGGAACCAGGUCAGAAUCAGGCUCCCACGCCCAGUGCCUCGCAGUGCAAGUUGUCAGACGACCGGAGCUACUCGUUUCUCUUGUACCCGCUUAACAAUGGCUUCAACUCGAACCUGGAUAACUUUGUGAUCCGGAUUCCGUUCAAGAACCUGGUGGUCGGGCUGCUGGCUAACCAGAUGUUGCUUCAGCUGGUGGCCAAGUUGCUCCUGUCGCGGUUGAAGUGUGUGCCCCAGGCGGUGUCCACCUGCAUCUUCGACAACUAUGCUGCUUCGGCGGCUUCACCCAGUCACGACUACGACCUGGACUUUCGCUCCAAGGAGAUCCUGCUGCGCUGUGUCAAGCAGUACCUGAUGUCCGCCCUGGAGUUCGAUUCGCGACCCGGCCUCAAGUUCCUCAUGCAGAAGGUGUCGAACAUCGAGUACGCCGCGAAUCUGUAUAAGCAGAUGACCUCCUCGUGGAUGAUCUACUAUAUUGCGCUGGUCGACUCGCAUCUCAACGACAUUGUAGUGUACAAUCUGGGACCGGAGGAUCUGAACUUUAUUCUGGAGUCCUGCUCCCGCCUGAACACCACCACGGUGAAGAAGAAGGAGAAUUUUGUGCGAUAUCUGUUUUGCCUGCAGGAUGCCUGGAAUCUGGUAUGUGAGCUGUACUUGAGUAACUCUGCCCUUCAUGAGAUCGAAAGUGGUUCGGGCAAGCUGCGCCAGAAGCCACCACAACUGCUCCACCAUCCGCAGACCAAGCCCAUGUGCAUCUCCCUCAACGGCAAUGGAGAUGCCGAGAUGACAGACACGGGCUCUGGUUCCGGAUCCGGCAGCAGCACCUCGCCCAGCAAGUGCGUCCAGCUGCAGGAGGAGGAGAAUGUGACAAUGACCACGUUGAUCAGCGAGUUUCAGCCCAAGUGCCGUAGCAACCCGUUCGACACCAAUCGGCAGGCCAAGUCCUCGGAGGCGGAGUCAAUUUCGCCGGAAAUUGAGCAGCAGCGAGCCAGCAGCAUUCUCAAAGACUCCAACUACAAGAGGGCUGCGCUCGCCCAGCUAGUGGUGGCCUCCAUGGAGCUUCUUCGAUCGCUUCCCGGGGAAGCCGAGGAGAACCUCAAGCUCCUAAUGACCCCGACUAUUCGCGAGGCCUUCCGUCUAGUCCAGCUGCAGGGCAACGAGCUGAAGGUCAAUCAGUUUUAGGCCAUGCUUGUUGAGUUUUAUUUUGAUCUGUAGGCGCAGCCCCUGCCCCUACUAAUGGAUCCUUCCUCCUCCUUCCAGAAGUCCUCCGAACGUAAUCCUCCUCCCGCUCCCGAAUGGCUAAUUUACAGCUACGUCUGCAUCUCAUGCUCUCUCUGUCUCACUCUCUAUAUCUGUCUCUCUCCGUCGGUGGAGGGUUGAUGCUUCAGUGCGGCCAACUAUAUAUCACAAGUAUAUCAAUGGGCAAUGGCUGUGUCCUUAGCUGUGCCCUAAAAUGUGAAAGUGUUGUCCGUGUUGUUCUUGUUACCUAUUCCUACAUAUAUAUUUGUGGUGUGUAAAUGGAUAUAUUCCAGUAAACUCUAAAAUAUCUGUACCUCAGCGCUAUCAGUAUCAGUAUUAUCUUCUAACUCUUCGUUGUUUUCUUCGCACAUUGUAUACCAUAUAACAAACUUCUUUAAAAAUAAUUGCUAUGCCUUACUAGCAACGUUGGUCACACUAUUCGCAGACUCUCCAUUUGUCCCUCUCGCCCGCAGCUCCCAGCACAGCAGGCAAACCAUUUCAAAGUAAAAGCUCAACAUGCCAGCACAAAAAAGCAAAUCUAUCGAAAGUACAACAAUGUCGAUGCAUUGCAAGGAUAUCAGAUAUGUAGGAUAUCAUCUUGUGAUUAGAGGAUGAAGAUGACGAUGAAGCGUAGACAACGUAGUCCUGUACAUUACAUUUAGUCAAGACUUUCUCACACUUAGCCCCUGCACGUCCCCGCCCCCAUUCCUCCUUCUCCCGUUUAGCCCGCAACCACGCCCCCCCCCCUUUCCCAGCACUUUUCGACUUCUAAUAUUGUAAAGAUGUAUCAGCGAGCACCUGUCCCGCCCUAAAAUCAGUAAAUUAUAUAUAUAUAUACAUAUAUAUAAAUAUACAUAUAUAAAUAUAUUUAUUAAGAGUGUAACCUAUGUAAACUUAUAGCGAAUGUUAACUAACACAAAAUCAGUGCCGCCCAUUAAUCCACGAUUACCACCAUUAACGAUUAGAUCACAAACGCGUACACAUAGAGCCUAUACUAAAACAAAAAUCAUAUGUGUGUCCAAGUAGUCCCGCGCUGCCUUUAAACAAAUACUUGCAUACUUUUGUACCAGUGUGCGUACCUAAGAGAAAAAUAUGGAAAAUAUCGGAAGUAUUGUAACCGAACAAAUUCUAGCCACCUUGCUGCACUAUCAAAUCAAAGCUUACUAGCCUAUAUUUUCACGCCCUCACACACACAUGCCACAUAAUAUCAGGGAUCGAAGCAGAUCGGGGAAUCGGGCAGUACAUAUAUACAUAUUUAGAACUCCGGGUUCCCCUGCCUCUGUCCCACCAUCGUUUGGUCCCGCGCCCAGCUAAUAAUGAUACCGAUACCUACACAUAUACAGACAGCUACGUACAGUUAUAUGCCUAUAUAAAGAUCUAAAGAGUUAUAUAUUGAUAUACAUAAAUGUACUUAUAUGUAUUAUAGUUGCCACUUGGAUAUAAAUGUUGUAAAUGUCUAACAAAGGAAACAUUUUUAUAUGUGAAAACUAUUAGCAACAGCGCUACAAAUCUAUACAUAUACUAUUAUUAUAAAUCUAUACAAAUAUACAUUUAUUUUCGCUUCGUCGUAUACAGUAUAUAGAGAACCAUGUACUUGUGUUAUUUACUUGCCCAUCUCGACUCUCUCAAAAUCUAUAUCUUUCUAUUGUCUUGUAAGUGUAAGUGCGAAGAGUGCAGUUGCAGAGGCCCGCAGAAAGUGUAGAACAAAUGAAGAAAAGACCGCGAUCGCGCUAGGCUAAAAAAACUAAAACUCUCCAAGAGUGCAUUUGUAACAUGAAUGAGAAUAAACGACUCCACAACGCUUUCGCAACUUU